GUUUAUUAUUCAUUUCAUUUCAUUUUGUUAUUCUCAUCGAGUACUCCAAAAAUAAGAGUAGCGUUUUCUUUUGUAUUAUAUAUAACAUUUAGCAUAAAAACACCAGUUACUCACACAAACGAGCGAGCGAGCAAACAAGAAAGCAAGUAGCAAGCUCUUCGACAGCCUGGUAUAAACAGCAAAUCCGCCAACAAUGAUGACAAUAGGCGAGCCUGGUGUCGCCGCUAGCAGCAGAAAUAACAGCAACAGCAACAACGGCGGCAGUGGCGGAAACGACAGCACAGACAACACGCACAUCGCACUGAAGCCGCGCGACUACCAGUUGGCGUUGUUCAGGGAAGCCCUGAACAGCAACUCGAUUGUGAUGUUGGAGACUGGAACGGGCAAAACAUUAGUAUCAGUGAUGCUAAUCCAGUGGUUCGCACAGCGCGCCAACUCACAAGCCGAGCAAGCCACCAGCCCAACCACCAAUAUCGGCAUUGGCGAGCAGACAGUGCCCGCGCGGCGCAAAGUGCGCGUAUUCCUCAACAACACUGUGACACUAGUGUGCCAGCAGGCACGGGUGAUCAGCGAGAAUACGAACCAAAAAGUGCACUCGUUUGUUGGUGCCAUGGGCAUCCACGACUGGGACGAAACCGCAUGGUCGGGCAAAUGGGCUAGUGCCUCGGUCCUAGUGAUGACACACCAAAUUCUUCUCAACGCAUUGCGUGUUGGCCGCGCUCACCUGUCAGAUAUUGAUCUGUUGAUUUUUGACGAGUGUCAUCAUGCACGCGGCAACCAUCCUUAUGCGCUGAUCAUGCGCGAGUUCUACGACCAUUGUGAGCCAAAGGCCCGCCCGCAUAUUUUCGGAAUGACUGCGUCGCCGCUUAAUUCUCACCAGACCGCCAAGGACUCUGUCAUGCACUUGCAAGCCAUACUGAACUCGCAAAUCUGCACUGUGGAUUUGACCACACGCUCGCAUACGUCUGGGACUCAGCAGCAGCAGACUAGCUUGUGUUAUGAGUACCUUUUGCCACCGGAUUUUGGUCAUACGCCACUGACUGUAUCUCUGGCAGAGGGUUGUUCUGGCAGCAAGGCGGUGGGGUCGGCGAUGAAGUAUCUGCCGAUUGUGCUGCCGCUUUUGGGCCCUUUUGGUGUCGACCAGAUGUGGCACCAUUUUAUUCGCCAAUGGCACCGUAAGGUGCUGACGCGCCCCGCAGCCUCUCGCAGGCCCCCCAAGCGGUCCGCCAUGCCUAUGCUCGUGUCUGCGUCUGCGUCUGUAUUGUCGGAGAAAUCGGCACCAUCCAUGGACACCAUGACGCUCAAUGCGAGGGGUGACGAUAACGAAAAAGAAGGCGGGCUUGACUACGAUAACGACGUUGACGACGAAGACGAAGAGGAUGUAGAUGGUGAGGAUAUGAAUACCACAAAUAGCGACAAGAUCUUGGCGGAUAUUGAACAUCCUGCUGCUACCAUCGCCUCCAACCAGCCAGCGUCCAAGGAGGGCGCGGCUGAGAAUCCUCUGCAGGAUGCACUGUAUCUCAAGCGUGCACUACACAUUGACAGCAAAUUCGGCGGCGGGCCAUUUAGGAGCGUGGACUUUGGACUGGAUAUCCCAUCGCAGCACCCGAGCUUGCGCCCGGAUGCGCACCCCGAGUCAUACGCCGAACAGCAGCAGGACGUGCACCCGACGCCACUGCUGCGAUCCAUAUCCGCGAGCCGCGAGCCGUGGGACCAAGUGCGUAGCCAACUGUCUCCGCAAGUGAACCGUCUCCUGAGUAUUCUCCACCAGUGGAGCGAUCGCCCGACCGAGCUACGCGGCAUAGUAUUCACCAGUCGGCGUGUGACAGCUGUGCUCCUCACGUACAUUGUGUCCCGGAUUGCUGAGUUCUCAUACAUCCGCACCGAGGUUCUUCUCGGCGGGUCUACAAAGGCCGGGUCCAGCAUUGUCGAUCGUCCCGUCCGCAGCGGCUCUGUCAGGGUAGCCAACCAGGCUGUGUUGGCUGAUUUUGCCAGCGGCCGCCUAAACCUGAUCUUUGCGACUCAGGUCGCAGAGGAGGGCGUCGAUAUUCAGCCGUGCAACCUGGUCAUUCGCUUCGAUAUGCCGCAGACCACAACAUCGCUCAUACAGUCGCGCGGCCGUGCGCGGAUGGCAAACUCGCAGUUCAUCGUCAUGGUUCCUGAAAUUGAUUCAAAGGAAAAGUCCGCCCUCGAGGGCGCCAAAAUACCAGCAGGCGCCCCAGCGGUGAUCUCCUGCAACAGGCCCGCCAAAGAGCUUGCAGAUGAAGGCGACAUGGACGUGGAUGAAAAUACCGAGCCAUCGAUCGGAAGCACUAUCUUGCCUCAGCACGCCGUCAAAACGCAGCCCAAAACGUAUACUGACUACUUGCAGCUGGUGAUGUUGGAAGAGUGUCUGCGCGACUGGUGCCUGGCCGAGUCACAGGCCAACGAUCGCAAGUCCACCGAUGGCGUGAUCAUCAGCGCCCGCUCGCACCUCGAAUACAGUCGUCUACUGGGCCGCCUUCGCAUGCUAUUGCUCAUCGACAACAAUGCGGACGUCGACGCGGAGGGGAAGGAGGAGCCCUGGAUCGAGCACAGGGACUCGGCUGGCCGCGUGUACACAAUUAUGUCGACCAAAGCCUGCAUUACGUACAUGUCCGCCGGGCCCAUCAUCUUUCAAUAUGUGCAGUCGCUGCCGCAGGACGACUUUUGCAAGCUUGUGCCCAUUAUCGACUACGAGGAGAAGGCUUUGGAGCAGGAUCAGCAGAGCAGGCUGGAAGGGGGCACUGCCAUCCGCAAAAAGAACCCGAAGCUACUGCGAGUGUCCGUCUUUCGCUGUGUCAUAACUUUCCCUGCUAAUGCCGCGCUUCGCAUGGUCGUCGGGCCCUUUAUGCCCAAGAAAAAGCUAGCCAAGCAGGUUGCUACCUACCGUGCCGCGAAGAAGCUCCACCAGCUGGGUGCGAUUGAUGAUAACCUGCUUCCAGUCAUUGUCGUUGGGCCUGACUUCAGCGAUAUGGACAUGGACAUUGCCUCGGCACAGAAGAGCGGAAGCAAGGCCAAGGGGUCCAGGUCGUCGGUUGAAGAGUACACAACUGCCAUCCCGCCACAAUUUGUCCAGCCAGCUAGAGCGCCCACCAACCACCCUGGAUACAUUGCUGAAGCUGCAAAAGCUUUCGAGAAUGAUGUCGCCGAGUACACCCCAAUCCCCUGGCAUCUCCAUCUGUUCUGGCUCCAGCACCCGUCAUCACCCACCCCCAUGCGGCUAGUCUUGGCUACUAUACAGGUGCUUCCGCCGGACACUGCUGUUCCGCUGUAUGUCUCCCAGUACACCAAGGAUAAUAAGAGCAUCGACAAAACGCAGACGUUCAUACGGCCUCUGUAUUUGGGUCAACAGACGCUCAGCGCGGCUGAUGUCGACAUGCUGGCCUCGUUCUCGUCAAAGCUGAUGAUGCGGGCUAUCAAUGCGGCGCUGGCGUGGAACACUGCCGAGAUCGGCGUGCUAAUCGCACCACCUUUGCCCGACGGCUUGGGAAUCGACUUUGUCAUGGCAGAAAACUGCUUCAAGGAUCGCUCGCCGAUAUUCAGCCGCACCAAUGGCGACUUUGCGCAGUGUGAGAACCUAGUGGUUUUGGAUGGCUUGGACUACGGCAGGGCUAAGAUUGUCACAAAAGUAUGCCACGAUGCCGAUUUGCACACAAACUUGGCCGUGUACCACGCCAGGGGCAAGAUGGGCCCGGAGUAUGUUUUGGCGAGCCCCACAGGAAUCCCCGCGUUCGCGAGCAGCGAGGGCGGGAAGAGGAAGAAAUCAAAUGUGAGCGCCCGGUUUUCUGCGAGGACGAUGGCCGAGUGGUCAAAGAUCAAGACCUUGACCCAUCUUCUGCCCAGGGGUAAAAUCGGCCACGGCGUGCCUUUAUUCAGGGUUAAGCCAGUACCACUGACGUACAACUACCUGUUUGCUGUGGAUAUGGGCAACGUGCCACCGAAACAGGAGACCGAUGAAGACGUUGUCAGCAGUGUGGGCGCCUUGGAGUCCUCGAACCUACCUUACCCGGACGUCAUUUACACGUCUCCAUUCUUCUGCUCACUCGACAAUAUCAGCCUGCAUGACAUCAACAACAGCUCGCUGCUGCCAGCCUUUUUUGUGCGCCUCGAACAGGUCAUGCUUGCCAAUGCGGUCAAACAGCAGCUUGGGCUGACGGCCAAAGUCGAGACCGUGCGCCAGGCGAUCACAGCGCCCAAUGCAACCAUGGAUGUCAACUAUGAGCGCCUCGAGACGCUCGGCGACUCAGUACUCAAGUACAUAUCAACUAUUAUGCUGUUUGUCUCUUACCCGAACGACCACGAGGGGCUGCUGACUUCGCGUCGCGGCCGAAUAGUGUGCAAUGCCAACCUGUUCUUGCUCGCCCGGCGGCUGGGCUUGGCCGAGUACAUUAUAGCGCAGCCGUUUUCAAAGCGCGACAUCAGGUUCCCUGGAGCCGGAUGGGCGCGCUUGCUGAGUUUGCCCAGGAAGUGGACUGUCGUCAGCGAUAGUGACACCCAGGGCGCUGUAGAGUAUCCGCCAUCUUCGCAUUCAUCGUCGUCAGUCAGUCUUUCGGACGACAGCAGCUCUAGCAGCCUCAGCAGCAAGAGCACGGGCACAAUUGUGGCGACAGCCAAAGUGAGCGACCCCACUUCCCAGCAGAGCAGACGCCCACAAAUCCGCAGAUUCUGCAUAAAACAGCAGUUGUCUGAAAAGACUAUUGCUGAUAUUCUCGAGUCACUGCUUGGGGCGACUAUCCUCGACGGUGGAUUUGAAGGUGCGUUGGCAGCGGCGCGGUCAUUUGGCAUAGUUGGACAGUCGUGGACAUCCUGGUCUCGCUUUGGGACUGCAUGGAAGAACAAGGAGGUUACGCGCAAGUGCGGUGUGGCAAACUUGAACAGCCUGUGCGCUGAGCUGAUCGCGUGCACCGAGAGGACACCAGAGACUGAGGAGCUGCUGCAGGAGGCGGAGCUAGACCAAGAAGAUGUCAUUUUUGGACUGGCGCCGAUGAGCAUAGCUGCAUCGGCUGCACCCGGCAUCACCGAAUGGGAGAGCGGGUUGCAGUUUGCACAUGUGCAGGCCAGCAAUUUGAAGGGCCAGUGGGUCAAGGACAUUGAGUGCAGCCUUGGAUAUACGUUCAACAACAGGGCCCUGUUGCUUGAGGCGCUUACCCACUGUAGCGUAACUGACUCUCUGUCAAACAGCUACCAGCGGCUCGAGUUUUUGGGCGAUGCUGUUUUGGACUACCACAUAACCAAGCGUUACUACGACCACCAACCGGAGCUCUGCCCCCACCGCAUAACUCUAGUCAAGCACGUUGCCGUCAGCAACGACCUAUUUGCCCUGAUAUUGGUGUGCCACGGCUUGCACAAAUACAUCAGGCACAGUUCAGUCAUACUGGCCGAAUCAUUGAGGGACUACGAGAUGCGCCUGGACCACGCUCGCAAUGCCUGGGCAAAGAACUGCCAGUCGCCCGAUUCCGAAGAACACGGGGGCGUUUCGGACGUGGUGGCAAACGUAUCGGAUUCUGCAAAUUCCAGCGGCUCGUCAUCCUCGUGGGAGGACAGUAUGGCAAAGGUCACGCCACCGCAGUUGUCGGAGGAUGCUGUAGUGCGUCCUGCGAAAUUCAAGCGGGUCGGCGCUUUCAGCACCAAAAACAAUGCUAAUGAUAUUUACAAGAACCUGCCGCCCGAAUGCUGGAACAUUGUGCAGGCGCCAAAAGUGCUUGGCGAUGUUCUUGAGUCGCUGGUUGGCGCCAUCUACAUUGACUCAGGCAUGGACAAUGAGGCUGGAAAGACCGCCUACAAGAGGCUGCUGUGCCCGUUCCUUGACCGCUUUGUUGACUCGGGCAAGCUGUCGCUGCACCCGGUAAUACAGUGCUUGCUGAUCUGCCAAGGGUGGGGGUGUGACCAAGUUACGUGGAAGGGCCGAGUCAACGGGGACCUGCUGGAGUUUGUAAACAAGCACAUUUGCGAGGUCAAGUCCCAUGGACAGACGCUGGCUGUGGGGAUGGGUGAGUCCCCGCGGCAUGCAAAGUUCAACGCCGCCAAUGCGUUCUUAGCCAAGAUUGGAGCGACAGCGCCGAACGCGCUGUAUGGCGAUUUGAGUGCAAUUAAAAGCCAGUUUCCUGGAGACACUACGCUGGAAAAACUUCUCAAGCCGGUUUGUACAUGCGCUGAGAUUAGACGCGUUGUGGCAGAAGCGGCAGCGGCGGCGGCGGAGCCAGCUGCCAACGUCUAAGAGGGCGAAAUUGCGGAAGCAGUUUGAUGUGCUCUUUCCCCACUCUGUUGCCUCUUGCAUUGAUAUUUUUAUGUAAUUUAUGUAGAAUACCAAUAUUGUUUUGAUAUUGUUUUCAAUUCAAUGCUGAUUUUCCUGAGCAGACGAGUCCGGCGCAUGGCAAUGAACACAAUUCGGAAUGCGUGUGAUCAUAUAAGUUGCAAUUGAAGAGCAAAAAAACGAAGCGCGAUUGGCAAGCUGAGCGACAUUCACAAAGUGUGUGCUUUCAUUUUGUUCUGCUGCACGUGCUGCGCCGGUCACAAUUCAAAGAGGUGUGCAAGAAAAAGG